AUGACCAGAUCACUCAACAUCGUCAUCGUCGGCGCCGGGCUCGGCGGGCUCGCCGCCGCCAUCGGCCUCACCCAGAAGGGCCACACCGUCACCGUCCUUGAAGGCGCCCACGCCCUUGGCGAGGUCGGCGCCGGUAUCCAGGUGCCGCCCAACUCGGUGCGCAUCUUGAAGGAAUACGGCAUCUUUUCCGAGUUUGACAAAGUGGUUACUCGCCCGAAUAACAUUGUUCUCCGGCGCUACGACACCGGCGCCCCACUCUCGACCACCCACUUGGCGCCUCGCAUGACUGAGCUCUACGGCAACCCAUACUUGUUGAUCCACCGCGCUGACUACCAACAGAUCUUGUACGAUGCUGCUGUCAAGCAGGGGAUCGAGGUUAAGUUUGGUGCGCGCGUGGCGGAUGUUGACCCCGAAGCUCCCCUGGUCACCCUUGAAGAUGGCACCGUCUACACUGCCGACUUGGUCGUUGGCGCCGACGGCAUCAAGCUGAGAGUGCGCGAUCUCGCCGUGGUUACCGAAGAGGUGGUGGAGCCCUUCCCGCUGACCAACUGCGCUUACCGCGCCACCAUCUCGAGAGCGGAUAUGCUUGCCGAUCCCGAGGUCGCCUACUUGAUGGAGGACGUCAACCUGAACUGCUGGAUCGGCUACCGCCGCCACAUCAUGGCCUACCCCAUCCGCAACGGCGAGCUCUACAACAUGGUGAUGUCGCACCCCGGGCGCGCCCCCGUGGGCAAGUGGAACGUCCCCGGCGACUUGGAGGAGAUGAAGCACCACUACCGCAACUUCGAUCCCGUCGUCCAGCGCCUUUUGACCAAAGUGAAGCUGGUGCUCAAAUGGACGCUUGCCGAUCUCCCGCAGUUGCCCCGGUGGGUGUCGGAGCUGGGUAAGGUGGUGAUUAUCGGCGACGCCGCCCACGCCAUGUUGCCCUAUUUGGCGCAGGGCGCGGCGCAGGCGCUCGAAGACGGCGCCACGCUUGCAGCGAUGUUGACGGAAGACGCGCCGUUAUCGCAAAUCACCCACCAGUGGGAGCGCCGCCGGAAGAGAAGAGUGGAGACUAUCCAGCAGGGCGCCCGUAAAAACGGCCACAUCUGGCACUUGCCCGACGGCGAAGAACAAGAGGAGCGCGACCGGCAAAUGGCGGCGGCCACCGAUAAGGAGAACCCCGAUCAAUGGGCUGAUACCAAGUUCCAACAAUGGUUGUUUGGCUGGAACGCCUUUACCGAUUAG